AUGUCUUCAGACUCGUCUGCUCUCUCGCUUUUGACCCGCUCCAAGCUGCAUCUCUCCACCUCUGGUCGAGACAGCUGCAGCCUGCACCGCUGGGUUCUACUCAAAAAUUCCAUCGUCUCCUCCCCUGCGCUGACCACCAGCACACUACUCGCUACCCAGUCUGACAUACACUCUGCCUAUCCCACAGACGACAGCGAGGAUGAUGAGUCAGAAGAGGUAUUGGGGUCAAUGGAAACUGACGCGUUCAUGUUUCCAGACGCGGGCCAGCUUGUUCCUUCGUCUGCCUCUUCCGGUAUACGGGGCGCGGAGGCCCAGUGGCUCGACUCUCUGCUAGAGGAACUAGGCGACGAUGAGGAUGACGACGAAUUCGCUGUCGACUCGGACACUCAUAGUGCAACCAUAACCGUCGAAGACGACGAAUUUCCGUUGUAUAGUCCCCUGGGCUCACCCAUGUCUUCGUCCGACGACCUUCCGAAUCAGCCUGCUUAUUAUCCGCCUUCCAUUUCUGUACCAUAUCCUGUGCCAUAUCCUCCUUAUCAAUCUUCUCUUAUCCAUGCUUACCAUUUCGACUCACAUUUUGAUCCUCUUAUUCCGUCUGUUUCAGCUCCCUAUGAAGACCCUCUUCCUUAUUAUGACACCCACGACAUAGAAGACCUGCCUGUGCCUGACGCUAUAGAAGACACCUCGGACGAUGAAUCUGACGCGCCAACCACACCCUCUAUUGGCAUGUCUAGCUCUUCUCUGUCUUUGGUAGAUGCAGCUUCAAUCCCCCUUCCCCCUGAGCGCAGUAGACUGCGCUACUCCAGCCCCCGUGUCUAUGUCGACUCCAAUGAUUCUUAUUUCCAUCCUUUCGAGUUUGAUCCCCUUCCCUUCCCAGAUGAACACGUUCAUACUUCGUAUAAUCAUUAUCAAGAGUGUUAG